UGGUCGCGAUUGAUUCGCUUUGCUGCCCAGGAUGGCCGCAUCUACCAUGGCCAGCCCGUUGUCGACCAGCUCGGUCGGUUCCCGCAAGCUUUGGGCGGCCUCGAGGCCUACGUCGUCGAAGGCGAUAUCUUUGGUGCAAAUUCCGUCACCAACACCUUGCUCAAAGUCGAAAAGCUCCUAGCUCCUCUUGAACGAGUGCCCAUCUUCCUGGGCAUCGGGCUCAACUACGCUUCCCACGCAGCCGAGCUCAAGACCGCUCCCCCGCCCCAACCGGUGCUCUUCACCAAACCCCCUGGAGCCCUCCAGCAUCCGUUCGAGCCCAUCGUUGUUCCCCGCGUUUGUGCAGACGCCGAGGCCGACUAUGAAGCCGAGCUGGCCGUCGUCAUCGGAAAGCGGUGCAAGAACGUCAAUGCCCACGAGGCCCUCCAUUAUGUCGCCGGCUACACCUGCGCCAACGACGUCACCGCUCGAUAUUGGCAGCGGCAAGUCGGCCAGUGGACUUUCUCCAAGAGCUUCGACACCUUCUGUCCCCUCGGGCCAGUCAUCACCUCCACGGCCUUGAUCCCCGAUCCCAAUGCUCUCGGCAUCUCGCUCAGACUCAACGGCGAGCUCAUGCAAAACUCGUCCACCAAAGACAUGAUCUAUCCCGUUGCGUCGCUCGUGUCGUUUCUGUCCCAGGGCACAACGCUCGAACCCGGCACCGUGAUCCUGACUGGAACCCCUCCAGGUGUUGGCACUGGCAAGGACCCCAAGUUGGUCCUCAAGCACGACGACCGCUGCGAGGUUGAGAUCGAGUCGAUCGGCACGCUGGUCAACCCGGUGGUCUACGGCGCUGACGAGCCUUCGGUCGAGUGGAGGACUUUGCCCUGA